CUAUACGGUGCUUUACGGUAAUUCCUCCCAUGAUGCUUUUCUGUUGGACGCUGUUUAUGCUUUGCAUUGGUGGUCUGUCUCUCGUAAUGGCUUGAAGGUUUUCUUGUUGUCGAGUAGCCAUACAGGCAAAGCAUCUUUAUUAAAAGAUCACGACUGCAAAACGAAUCUGACCAUUUCUAAGAGCUCCGGUAAAUGAUGGACAUCAUGAACACUGUUGAUUUUCGCACACAGUUAACAUCCAUAAUGGAAGUGUUGGCGAAAGCAGCUGUUGUUGAAAUAAGCAAACUUUUCGAGGAUAACUAUUCUUAUUUGGGAUUAGAGAUAUCGCGAUGUACAAACGAAAACGACUCAUUGAGAAAGAAAUGUUUGUUUCUGGAGACUGAACUUCAGGCUGCCCGGAGAAACACCAGCAGGAUGAACGAGACUGAAGCUCCAUUCAGCGUCAGCGAAGGAUUGACAGACACUGGACAUCGUCCUGCAAUCGACAAUGUGUUUGGUAAGGACUGGUGCAUGGACUUGUGGAGACACGAGGAGUCAUACAUUGGUCAAAAUGUGGACACAGAUCUGAGCUCUUCGAUUAACACAGUAGAGACAGUUAAUUUAUUGAAUGAAGAAGCAGACGGGAUCCUGAUUAAAGUUGAGACGUUUGAGGAUUGCCCAAGUAAAAAUAUAACUGAAGAUAAAAACAACAUUUUGAAAAAUACAGGACCUGCAGUGGGCAGCAAUGAGAGAUGUGAUGCUGAGAGUUCGGCAGAUUUUAUCACAUACACACUACCUACAUGUGACCAAGUAAAAUCAAACGUACAACAGAGACGAGCUAAAAAGAAAAAAACUUCUAAAGCAAGACUUACUACACAUGGAAACAGUCCAACACAGCCAGAUUUGAAAACUGAUAAGCUUGUUUCAACUCUUACCAGUAGCGUUAAAUUCAGCAGUACACAAAACCAGACAAGCGCUUCAGAAGAUAAGACUGAUUGUGAACUCUGUGGGAGAACUUUCUACAAACAAUCCUACAUGAAACUACACAUGCGAAUACACACUGGAGAAAAACCUUUUGUCUGCAUGGUUUGUGGCAAAACGUUUGCUCAUAAAACAUACCUGACAGUACACCAGCGAACUCAUUCUGGCGAGAGGCCGUACAAGUGCAUGGACUGUGGGAAGAGAUUUUCCCAAAAGUGUUCCCUUAAUGCACAUCUCCGAUGGCACACUGGAGAAAAGCCUUAUAGUUGUGUCAAAUGUGGUAAAAGCUACACAGACAAACGUAGUUUUAAGAAACACCGGUGCAUUAUGAUGGACAUCAUGAACACUGUUGAUUUUCAUACACAGUUAACAUCCAUAAUGGAAGUGUUGGCGAAAGCAGCUGUUGUUGAAAUAGGCAAACUUUUCGAGGAUAAUUACGCUUGGUUGGGAUUAGAGAUAUCGCGAUGUACAAACGAAAACGACUCUCUGAGAAAGAAAUGUUUGUUUCUGGAGACUGAACUUCAGGCUGCCCGGAGAAACACCAGCAGGAUGAACGAGACUGAAGCUUCCUUCAGCGUCAGCGACGGACUGACAGACACUGGACAUCGUCCUGCAAUUGACAAUGUGUUUGGUAAGGACUGGUGCAUGGACUUGUGGAGACACGAGGAGUCAAACAUUGGUCAAAAUGAGGAGACAAAUCCGAGCUCUUCAGUUAACACAGUAGAGACAGUAGAUUUUUUGGAUAAUAAACCAGACCAAAACCUGAUUAAGGAUGAGACGUUUAAGGAUUGCCCAAGUAAAAAUAAAUCUGAAGAUAAAAGCAACCGUUUAAGAAAUACAGGACCUGCAGUGGGCAGCAAUGAGAGAUGUGAUGCUGAGACUUCAGCAGAUUUUAUCACAUACACAAUACCUACAUGUGACCAAGUGCAAUCAAACGUACAGCGGAGACGAGCUAAAAAGAAAAAAACUCCAAAAGCAAGACUUACUACUCAUGGAAACAGUCCAACACAACCAGAUUUGAAAACUAAUGAGUUUGUUUCAACUUUUACCAGUAGUGUUAAAUUCAACAGUACACAAAACCAGAAAAUUGCUUCAGGAGAUAAAAAGAUUAAAUGUCUACUUUGUGGAAAAACCUUCAACCAUUUAAGCUAUCUAAAGGUACACAUGCGGACACACAGUGGAGAAAAACCUUUUGCCUGUACAAUUUGUGGCAAACGAUUUGCUAAAAAAACAUACCUAGGAGUACACCACCGGAUACAUUCUGGUGAGAGGCCGUACACGUGCAUGGACUGUGGGAAGAGUUUUUCCCAAAAUUGUUCUCUUACUGUGCAUCUCCGAAGCCAUACCGGAGAAAAGCCUUAUAGUUGUGUCGAAUGUGGUCAAAGCUUUGUGUACAAACGUGGUUUUAAUACACACCAGUGCAAUAGUUACACUGCACAUCGUCCUGCAAUUGACAAUGUGUUUGGUAAGGACUGGUGCUUGAACUUGUGGAGACACGAGGAGUCAAAUGCUGCUCCAAAUGAGGACACCAAUCUGAGCUCUUCAGGUGUUACAGUAGAGCCUGUAAAUUUGCUGGAAGAAGAACCAGACAUGAUCAUGAUCAAGGAGGAGGCGUUUGAGAAGUGCUCUUCAGAUAAAACAGAGGAAGACCAAAAUAAGAGAUUGAGAGGUGCGAUCCAAAAGCAAGUAAAAGAAAUUCUCCCAGAAUUGGAUUUGAAGAAACUUCAAAAUGUGGUCAAUCAUCUUGUUUAUGUGGUGGGUGUGGAGAAGAUAGAGGACCUUACCUUUGUGGAGGUGACAGAUCUUAAGGACUUCCUGGAACCAAUACAAUGUCGAAAACUAGUCAAAACAUUAAAACAAAAAGAUUUUUUCCAAGAAUCCAAUGAACAAGAUGAAACUCCUAAUGAGAUUACGCUCACUUCAUUAUCGUCCAACGAAUCCAUUCCUGAACAGCCCUUCUUCCCUUAUUGUCCUGCAAAUUCUGAAUGGCUCCAAAGAUUUCAGAUCCCGUGGGACCGCAUGCCUCCGGCUCUCACUCAGGCGACGGCCACUGGGCAAAGGGCUCGACCUGGAGCAAGACGGGAGUUUGUUAGAAUCGUUGUGGCAGCCAUGCAAGCAAUUUGCCCAAACCCAAACCUAGCUGCAUGCAGGGAAGUGGCACGCUGGAUCGUGUCUACCUAUCCCCUGACAUUUGGAGACAUUACUGAGGAAGGGGAACAGCUAGGAAACGGCUACAGUUGCUUACAAAGACAACUGAAGACUAGGGUUGAACAUGUGAACAGAGACAUUAUGGAACACCGGAUUCGUCGACCCAGAAAAGGACUGGCGACAAAGAGAGGCGGGGAUCAGGAAAGUUAUGUGGGGAAAAAAUUCAGAAACUGUAAAGCGGACAGUUACGGUUGCGUUAACUGGCAACCUUCCUCCAUCCCAGAGGGAGAGACUCCAAACUCGCUCGAAAUGAAGAGAAAGGUUGCGGUCGAGAUCUUUCAGUCGGCGGGCCCGAGGGCUGUCGAGCUGACCAACGUAGACGACUUGAUGCAGCAGACGUACGUGUACCAACGACACAUGAUCAACUCGUGCCCCCCUCCGUCCAUUAGCGAAAUCGAGCUUAGCUGGCCGUUCCUGUUCACAGAAAGAGGACUCUGCAGGCACUUUAAAACCCUGACUGGGAUUGACAUCAAAAGUCGCUUCGGCGAAACCCUUAAUGCGAAAGCCAAGAGAAUUUUGAACUACUUCAAUAGUCAGAGGCUGAGGUGGAACGAAGAGAUCCAGAGUCUCCUGAGUGAAAUCGAUAGCGAAAGCGAUGGGACAGAUAAUAACAAAACUGCCAUAUCUGCCAUUCUGUUAAUGAUGAAGUACUUUAAGGAAAAGGAAACAUCUAUUUUCAUCGCAGCAGAUGCAACUUCCACCAAGAUGUCCAUUGAAAAAGAAAUGACCUUACCAGCAACACCAAGGCUCAUCAUGCUUGGUAAUUCCCUACUGACUUCAUCCAAGUGGUUCAUCAGCAUUGAGGGCAGAGUUUCACAUUCAAUAGACAGCCAGCUUGACUUCGGGGCAGCAUUGGCUGUGUUCUUCGGGUGCUUCUAUGUUUUCAAUAUAGAGUACGAAGAGUCGGCCAUCGCCACCCUUGAGCUCAUUCAGAGAAUGGACGUUAUGAACACUGUUGAUUUUCAGACACAGUUAACAUCCAUAAUGGAAACGUUGACGAAAUCCGCUGUAGUUGAAAUAGGGAAGCUUGUCGAGGAAAAUAGUUUGUUUCUGCGAUUAGAAAUAACGCGAUGUACCCGUGAAAAUGAAUCGCUGCUGCAGAAAUGUCGUUUUUUGGAGAGCGAACUUCAAUCCGCCCGGAAAACCGCUGGAAAGAUGAACCGGACAGAAGCUUCAUUCAGCCAUUCAGCAGUGACCGACACUGGACAUCAUCCAGUAGACAGUGUCUUUGGUAAGGAAUGGUCUAUGAAUACAUGGAGACAGGAAUCACACAUCAGUCAACAUGACAAUGCACAUCUAGGCUCCUUAGUCAACACAGAAGAGUCAGCAAAUCUGCUGGAUGAGGCACCAGACAUGAUCCUGAUCAAGGAGGAAACAUUUGAAGAUUGCUCAGGGAAAAGUAAAUCCGAAGACGACAGAGGAAACACUUUGAGAGGACCUGCAGCGGACAACAAUGAGAGAUGUGAGCCUCAGAGUUCUGCAGAUUUCUUCACAUACACAAUACCUACAGAUGACCAAGUGAAAUCAAACAUACCGCAGAGACAACCCGAUAAACAAACUCCUAAUGCAAGACUAGUCACUACACAUGGAGACUGUACAACACAGCCACCUUUCGACACCACCCCAAACCAAACAAGUAUUACAGAAGAGAAAAGGUUUGAUUGUGUAUUCUGUGGAAGAACCUUCAACAAACUAACCUACCUAAAAGCACACAUGCGGACACACUCCGGAGAAAAACCUUUCGUUUGUACGGUUUGUGGCAAACGGUUUGCCCAAAAAACAUACCUGAGAAUACACCAGCGGACUCAUUCUGGUGAGAGGCCGUACACGUGCAUGGACUGCGGGAAAGGUUUUGCUCAAAAGAGUUCGCUUAACGUGCAUCUCCGAAGCCACACCGGAGAAAAGCCUUAUAGUUGUGUCGAAUGUGGUAAAAGCUACACGUACAAACAGGGUUUUAAUACACACCAGUGUGCUAGACUAGUACAUACUGAUGUGACCGAUUACUGAAUUCAAGUUUAUUUUUAGUACCCAAGUUAUACAACAAAAUGUGUAUUAUGCUGCCCCUUGAAACUAUGUGGGCUCACAGGAAUCUGUGUCUUUAGGAAAUGUUUUAUACAGAAGCAUCUGGUAUUAACUAUAUAUUUAAAUGUUUUUAUUAAUUUAAACAUACAUCUUAAGAUGUUUUUAAAUAAAACUUUACUGAACAUAAAAUAAGUGAAAUAUAACCUAGCAGACAGCAAGUGUUGUACAAACUGGAGUAGAAACUACAGCCAAAAUUAAAUGUUUUUUCACUUUCUGUA